AUGUCGAAUCAACAAUCAUCACAUCUCAUUUCAUUGCACGAAGAUGGUUUAUACCUUCUCGACCUCAACAAAACGACGUCUUUGAAGCUGGACUUGCCCUUUACAUUACCGGCCCUAAACGAACCGGUCUGUAUUCUUCAUUGCCAUGGUAUGAUGUGUUUCACCCUAAAAGGCAACGAUGACCUAGCGAUUUGGAACCCGGCUUCGAAAAAAUUCAAGAGAAUACCGAUGGUUGAACCGGGUCAAACCACAAAUCUUUUAGGAUUCGGUUAUGACCGGUUUUCUGAUGAUUACAAGAUCGUGACGAUAAUCGCUCGCAAAACCUAUAUCUAUACGUUCAAAGAAAGCUCGUGGAGAGAAAGCGUACCGGUCACUGCUCCUGAAUGCAAAUUAAUAUACCGGACCGGUACGGCUGUGGACCAUUGUAUGUACUGGAUAGCAGACCGGUCACACAUCAAGAAUUUCCGCAAGGAAAGCACCAUCCUUUGUUUCGACUUUGCCAACGAAGAGUACCAAGAAGUGGCCUGUCCGUUUUUAACAAAGGAGAAAUUCAGUUCAUGGUUUGGGGUUUUAAGUGGAGACGUAUGCCUUGUCAACCAUUACCCAGUUUUGCAUAAUGACAUUUGCGUAUGGCGUCCAGGAAGAGUGGACAAGAAGAUCGAGCACUGGAGCAGCGACCCAUGGAUCCAUAUGAGAAAGGCUCUGGAAGGAAUUCAAAGUGUUGAUAUUGGGUUCGCGUGCAUAGCAAGAAAUGAUGAGGUCUUCAUAGUGGUGAAAGGUAGAGGAAAUGGAGACGACAAGGUUAUGGUGUAUGAUAAGAGACAAGAGAUGUUCAUUGAAGUUCCAUUUGGUAGUUCCUUGAAAGGGUUUAGAUGUAUGAGCACUUAUAUAUGUCAAUAG